CCUAUUCCUCUCUCACAUCAGGAACGGAAACAUAUAUCAGCUCAUAUACUAGUGUUGAGGAGUAGAAACCCCUGGGUCGUGUGUCUAGACUUGGCGUCAAUGUGUAUCACCCGACUAAAACGGUAAGAUUCUACUCUUAACUUUCAUUUAUGUUAAACUUUUGAUAAGGAAAAAAAAACACAGUAAAGAUAAAACCAAAACAUCAGUUUCACUGAUAAAAUCUACUCUAUUAAAAUAGAGUCCUAAAUUUAUCUACCAUAAAAGUUCUCAUUUAAGUUUUGGCCUGUUUGAAGUUUGUUAGGAAGCUACUUAAUUUAUGGACCAUAACAAGUUAAUUACAUUAUUAUUAGUAGAUAUAUGACACGAUUUUAUCUCCUAUUAAACCGACUACAUCUAUUAACCCAGCAUCUACUCUAUUAAAUGUAAACCAAUAUAAUCUGAUACGGACCAUCUAACAAGAUACGUGUAUGUUAGAUACAAUUUCAUAUUACACCUUAUUAGUCACGCUUAUAACAAACGAAUUACAUAUAUACCUUGCUGAUUGUUGACUUCUAACAAAGAACAUGUAUGUUAGAUACAAUUUCAUAUUACACCUUAUUAGUCAUCGACUUUUAAGAGAUUUAUCAUGUAUGUAACUUUGCUCUAAGUUGACUUCUAAUAAAUUUAUCAUCGACAUGUUCAUCACAUAAAGAAUAUGUAUGUUAGAUACAUGAUCAUUUUACACCUAAUUUUCGUGCAUAUAUCAUUUUAAAGAUAUUUUAUUUUAAAUUUGAAUAUACUGUUUUCAUAAACAAUUCUUAUCUACAAGAAAAUUUAUAAAGAUAUUUACCAGAAAGAUUUCAUCAAAUCUAAACUGUCUUGACGUGCACACCAAGUUAUCAAUAAUCAAUAACAACUUAAUAUAGUAUAUCUUGAAUAAUCAACAAGAUUUCCUCCCUUAUUUUUCUACUACGUUUUUAAUCGACUAUCCAUCUACGUUCAUAAUCUUUUAGAUCUUCAAUUUAUAUAACAACUCCAACAGAAUAUGGUAAUCAGAAUAUUCUAUCGAAUUUAACUAUAUGGAUAUCAAAUCAAAUCUUCAGCACGCUAUCAUUAAACCUAAACGUUUAAUGAUCACUAUAAAUAAUAAGACGAUCAACUAAUACCUCCUAUGUCCGCAAAAAAAAAACGUACACUCGUAUGGCUAUGAUUACCUCAGACCCGACGAUGACUUUGCUCAAUGAUGUCAAACCAUACAAAACAUCUUGGAAGGUCGAAGUUAAAGUCCUGCAUUCAUGGACACAACAUUCAUCUUAUUCUGGUGGAGAUUCUCUUCAGUUCAUUCUUGCUGAUAAAACAGGAGUUAAGAUUCAUUGUACCUGCAAGAGACUCUUCUUUGCUCGUGUUAAGAAACUUCAAGUUGGACAAUGGAGGUUCAUUGAAAAUUUCUCACUAACCGCAGCUGCCGGAAAGUACCGACCGACAAGUCAUAAGUACAAAAUGUCGAUCAUCAGCAACUCCAACGUCACCAAUUCCACCCUGAAAGAUGAGGAUAAUUUUCUGUCAUUAACAUCUUUCACAGAAAUCAUGAACGGAAGUCUUGAUUCUAAUUUUUUGAUUGACGUUAUUGGUCAACCAAUUGAUAUCGGAGAUAUUCAGGUUGUGCCUGUGCAAGGUAAAGAAACAAAGAAGCUUGAGUUUACUUUGAUAGACACAGAGGAUCACCAAAUAGCAUGUUGUCUUUGGGGCCGGUUUGCUGAACAUAUGCUAUAUGCAUACAAAGUUGCUCAAGUCAAUAAGAAUUUUCUCUGUUUAGUGAGAUUUGCUAAAAUCAAUGUUUACAAGGGACAAGUUCAGGUUACAAAUGCUUUUGAUUCUUCCACUGUCGAAAUAAAUCCACCCGGAUUUGAUGUCCAAGACUAUCUUCAAGUGUUGCCUAGGAACGAGCUUGCUCUCACAACUGGUAGUCAUGAGCUUGCAAAACAUAAAGGAAGCAAACGCCAACCUGAUAAAUGGUCUAAUUAUCCUGAGAGAUCAAUUCUGGAUAUCAUUAUGGCGACUGAGACUGAAACCUGCAUUGUUAAGGGCACAAUUUAUGAAAUAGACACAGACUGGGCUUGGUUUUAUUUUGGUUGUGUUAAGUGCCACUUCAAAAAGGUUACCGACAUUACCAAAAGGGAUGUGGUUCCUGUGAAACAUCUGUGGUAUUGUGAUUCAUGCCAUCAGUCUGUAACCAAUGUUGCACCUCAGUUUAAACUCCAUCUACUUAUAAAGGAUGACACUGGUGAAACUAAGGUGAUGCUGCUUGAUACUAUUGCUGAACCAAUUUUGGGAGUGAGUGCUGAAGUGCUAUUAGAUGGUUCUCUAGAAGAGGUUGAAGAUCCUGAAGACUUGCCUGCUGCUAUUAAUGAGCUUAUUGGAAAAACUUUCAAAUUUGGUGUCUAUGUGAGCAAAGACAAUGUUGACUAUGGAGCUGAUAUAUUUAACAUUGGGAAAACAUGGUCUGCUGAUGAGAUCAUAACUCACUCGGAUGAUGAGAAUACUGAUGAUACGUUGACUAACAGAGCUUUAUCUAACCGUUCCUCAGGACAGGUCUCUUUGGUCAGCAUGGAAAGUGAAGAGAACACAUGUUUGUCGUCAACUCCACUAUCAAAACGAAAGGGAGAAUGUGAGAUUGAUGAUCUUUCUUCUACCAAUAAGAAACAAUGCUCAAAGAUAAUUAAGCAGGAAAAGAAGUAGUGGUGGAGAAAACUGAGAUGCUACGUGUUUUGUUUUUGCUUUUAAUAAUCGUUUUAUUUUCAGAAACUAUGUUUUUUUGAAUUUUCUAUUAUCUGGUUUAUUUCCAUAUGCUGUAUUGUUUUGUUUUUAUCAAUAAAGAGGAUUUUUUAAUAAUAA